GGCUGAAAGUAUAGAGAAUAAAAAAAAGGAGACUAUGCUGCUUCGAGACGUUAUCGGAUUUUAAACUCCACUCUUCGCCGUAAUUUAGGGCUCUAUUUCGAGUCCGGCGCUAGGUUUUCAAAUUCUCGAGCAUAGAGAAACAAACCAGAAACAGAGGAUAAGAUUGGGGCUCUAGUUUUCUCCAGAAAAAGUACUUCUGGAAUUGGGUACUGGUAUGUAGUUGAAAUUUAAGAUCAUUUGAGGGGCAAAUUGAGGAAUUCGACAAAUGUUUACGCCGCAGAGGAAGGUUUGGUCGGGUUGGUCGUUUACACCCGGGAAGAAAGCAGACGGGUCGGGUUCUGAUCUGAACUCCAAUGGGGUUUCUGUUGGCAAAGGGAAAGGAGCGGCUUUUGCUGAGCCCUUGACUCCUAAUUGUAAAGACGUCGGGUCAGAGGACCAGGAGGAAGGGUUGCGCGAGAAAGUGCUAAGACUCGAAAAUGAGCUUUUUGAAUACCAAUACAAUAUGGGGCUUCUCUUGAUUGAGAAAAAGGAAUGGACAUCUAAGUAUGAAGAACUCAAUGAGGCAUUGAUAGAAGCAAAGGAUGCUCUCAAACAAGAACAAGCAGCAAAUUUAAUUGCAAUAAAUGAUGUUGAGAAGCGGGAAGAGAUUCUACGCAAGGCCCUUGGUGUUGAGAAGCAGUGUGUGCUUGAUCUAGAGAAAGCUUUACGAGACAUACGCUCGGAAAAUGCAGAAAUCAAAUUUACUGCUGAUGCAAAGCUUUCUGAAGCAAAUGCUGUGAUUGCUAGUGUUGAAGAGAAAUCUUUGGAGGUGGAGGCAAAAUUGCGUGCAGAUGAUGCAAAGCUUGCCGAGAUUAGUAGAAAGAAUUCAGAGAUUGAAAGGAAGUUACAAGAGUUAGAGUCUCGUGAAAAUGCACUUCGAAGGGAGCGACAGUCUUUUAUUUCAGAGCGAGAAGCACAUGAGACUACUUUGUCCAAACAAAGGGAAGACCUGCGAGAAUGGGAAAAGAAAUUACAAGAUGUGGAGGAGAGGCUAGCUAAAGGCCAAACAUAUGUCUACCAAAGGGAGGAGAGAGCAAAUGAGAAUGAUAGCCUCUUCAAACAAAAAGAGCAACACCUUGAAGAGACACAAAAGAUGAUUGAUGCAGCCCACAAAACUUUGAAGGAGAAAGAAGAUGAUAUAAACAACAGGCUAACAAAAUUAACUUUGAAAGAAAAGGAAUGGAGUGUUGUUAGAGAGAAGUUGGAGAUGAAAGAGAAGGAGUUGCUCAUUAUUGAAGAAAAGUUAAACGCCAGAGAGAAGACGGAGAUUCAGAAGCUCCUGGAUGAACAUAAUGCCAUUCUGGAUGAGACAAAGCGUGCAUUUGAGUUGGAAAUUGAUGGAAAGAGAAAAUCCUUAGACCUUGAACUAAAAAGCAAGGUGAUUGAUGUGGAGAAGAAGGAAGUUGAAGUCAAGCACAUGGAAGAGAAGAUUUCUAAAAGAGAGCAGGCAUUAGAUAAGAAAUUGGAAAAGUUCAAAGCAAAAGAGAAGGAAUUUGAAUUAAAAGUGAAAAGCCUCAAGGAAAGGGAGCAGGUCAUCAGAUCUGAGGAAAAGAAUUUAGAGAUCAAGAAGAAGCAUAUGGAUGCUGACAAAGAAGAACUUUUGACCCUUAAGGCUGAAACUGAGAAGCUAAGGAUUGCAAAUGAAGAACAAUUAUCAAAGAUGCAUGAGGAGAAAGAUAGGCUCAGAGUUAGCGAAGAAGAGAGGUCUGAGUAUCUUCGCUUGCAAUUGGAACUAAAGGAAGAAAUAGAGAAAUGCAGACUUCAAGAAGAAUUGCUAUUAAAGGAAGCUGAGGACUUGAAAAGGCAGAAAGAGAAAUUUGAAAGAGAAUGGGAAGAGUUAGAUGGGAAAAAGUUAGAAGUUGAGAAAGAGUUGAAGAAUAUCAACCUACAGAAGGAGAAAUUUGAAAAAGAAAAACUUGCUGAGGAUGAAAGGUUAAAGAAUGAGAAGCAAGUCGCCGAGGAUUGUAUAAAAAGAGAGUUGGAAGCUCUUGAAGUUGCUAAAGAAACAUUUGCUGCCACCAUGGAACAUGAGCGGUCAGUGGUAGCUGAGAAAGCUGAAAGUGAGAGAAGCCAAAGGCUUUAUGACCUUGAGUUGUUGAAAAGUAAACUUGAGAGUGAUAUGCAGGAUAAAUUUGAGGAGAUGGAGAAGGAAUUUGGAGAGAGAAAAAAGUCCUUUGAGGAAGAAAAAGAGAGAGAACUGGACAAUAUUAAUUAUUUAAGAGAGGUAGCUAGGAGAGAGAUGGAAGAGCUGAAACAAGAAAGACUUAAGAUAGAAAAAGAAAGGCAAGAAGUUAAUGCUAGCAAGAGUCAUCUUGAAGGACAGCAAAUUGAAAUACGAAAAGACAUUGAUGACCUUGUGGAUCUCAGCAAGAAGUUGAAGGACCAACGAGAGCAAUUGAUCAAGGAGAGGAACCGCUUUAUUUCAUUUCUUGAGAAACAAAAGAGUUGCAAGAAUUGUGGUGAGAUUACCUCUGAGUUUCUACUCUCUGAUCUAAAAUACCUACAGGAAAUAGAGAAUGAGGGAGUCCCUCUGCUUCCAAGUUUGGCAGAUAACUAUACCAGCGGAAAUAUUUUUGGGAAUUUUGUUGCAUCUGAGAGGCAGAUGAUGUCUCCAUCUGUUGCUUCAGGAUCUCCAAUUUCUGCUGGAACUAUGUCAUGGCUUCGUAAAUGCACCUCAAAAAUAUUUAAAUUCUCUCCUGCGAAAAACAUUGAGCCUCAUGCUUUAAAAAAAUUGAACGUGGGGCCCUCACUCUCUAGUCAACAAGUUAAUAUGAAAGGCAUGUCAACAACUGAAAAUGAGCCAGAGCUCACUUCUGUUGCGGCAACUGAAUCUUUGGAGAUUGAUAGGUUCCAAUCAGACACCAGCACAAGAGAUGUUGAGGCUGGUCAGGACUUGUCAGUUGAUAAUCAGAACAACAUGGAUUGUAAGGAACUGGAAGCGUUGGAAGAUUCUCAGAAUUGUGAUCUGAAUCAUGGAAAGCAGGUUCACAGGAGAAGCAGGCCUAGAGCUAAAGUAAGACGCUCUGCGAAGGCAGUUGUCAAUGAUGCUGAGGCUAUUCUUGGGAAAGCUUUAGAACCAAAUGAACUUGAGCAUCCAAAUGGUAGUGUUGAUUCUGUUCAUGCCAAUGCUUUAAGCAGGGGUGAAUCUGGUCUUGCUGAUGGAGGCACAUCUAGAAAUGAACGGAAGCGGAACCAUGCUCAAACAUCCCAAAUAUCAGACAGUAAGCAAGAUGUUAGUGAAGGACAUUCUGAUAGUAUUGCAGCAGGCCAGAGAAGAAAGAGGCAUCAAAAAGUUGUCUCGGCUAUACCUACUGGUCAGAAAAGAUAUAAUCUCCGACGGCCCAAAAAUGGGGUCACAGUUGCUAAAACCACAUCUGACAUGAAUAGAGAAACUGAAGGUGCUAAAGAUGCAGUGGAUCAAGUUAACUACUCUUCAAUGCCUGCAAGUGAAACUGGAGAUGCAAGUGAGAAUAGUGGUGCACACUUUCUGCAGCAGGGUGAGACAGGUCCAGACACCAAAGAUGGUAAUGCUGGUGCAACCAAAACAUUUGAUGCCAAUAUGGCAUUAAGUGAGGAGGUGAAUGGCACACCUCAAGGGGUUGGCGAGUACGGUGAUGGAAAUGACUACCAUAGUGAAUCACACAGCGAAGGGCAUAAAGAUGAGGAUGAGGACGAGACUGAUGAAGAGGAGGAGAAUAAUUUGGAGCACCCUAGUGAAGUAUCAAUAGGAAAGAAGCUGUGGAGUUUUCUGACCACAUAAUGAUGCAAAUCAUAUAUUGUAAUUUGCCAAAGUCCGGGCCCAGUUGUGCAGAUUUCCUCGUAGGAACAGCUAGUGUGUAUUAAAAUAUAAAUGUAAUUAUUCGCCAGAAAUUAAUUCAGGUGGUGGUUUGGGGGGGGGGGGGUAGGGUUUUCCUUUUGAUUCUUUUGCAAGACGGUCCUAGAUUAGAUAGAUAGAUACAUGAUUUAUUUGUUGUAGAAAUGAGUGGUGGACUGUACGGCUUCCACGACCAAAUUGUUUGUAUCGGAUAGUACUUGUGUAUUUCUAAUCUUUUCUGGAAUUAUUGUUUGACUUUUGUCGUCCGUAAA